UCGCCAACUUUCGCCAGUACGAAAGCUCUCUGUGACGAAAAAUGUAUCUUAUUUUAUUAAAGUGGAAAAAAGAUUUCUGUGACGACGACACUCAGUUUAUAAACAUAAAAUUUUAAGCAUUUUUGUAAAUCAAAGUUUCUGAGGAUUCAAAUAAAUACUGCGAAAACUUAAUGGCGAAAUAAAAUACUCGGAAUAAAGUGAUUUUUAUAUUAAAAAUCAUGCAAAAUUAAAUGAAACAAAACUUCUCAUCGAAACCAAAUAGUCUAAAUGUAGUGAGAGUGAAAGUGUGACUUUCUAAAAGUUUUUAUUAAUGAAAUUUACUGAAUUUAUCAGUUAGUGAAGUUCUAGUGAACGAAAAUACAGGAAAUACAAAUAAGGAAAUAUGCGGAACACACCUGCUACAACUCAUCAGAUGGAUCCUCCCGGCAUUGGACCGAAGAAAACUUUCUUCGUGCUAAUGACCGUCGUUGGAUGCAUUGCGAUACUAUGGCCAAAAGUUUUCUACCCGAUGAUGAUGGGAAGCGGUACACCAAAGCAACCGGCGCUGAAAGGACAUCACGGAACAGUGUCAUGUUGUGAUGUUGUUCUUGACAGGGAUAAUUUCCUGAAUUUAUCCAAGUCGCUUGGAGACCAAGCUUAUAGAAAGCAACUCGAUUAUCGUAUUGCUCAGAUGAGCUUACGUCAAGAACGUCCUCCUCAUUUACGAAAAGAAGGAGUCCAUCCUGCCAUGCUGGAAAAAGGACGAGCUAUCCCCAGUACGCAGACCGUUCCUGUAGUUAGCAGGCCCACUAAAUCUGCACCAAUAAUGGUUGAAGGUCGGCCAGGACCGAUUCCGGGGCUGAGACCACCACUUGGAGCCGGAUCAGUUCAUAAAGCACAACCGAAGAGCAACAGUAUGAGUUUCAUAAUGCCAUUGUACACAAUUGGGAUUAUUGCAUUCUUCGUGUACACCAUAAUGAAGUUGCUGUUCAAAAAACCUGUUGUCAAUUCUCCUUACGGGCCAGCGAGGGGAGAUCCGAAUUUCCGCAAAGAGGUGUUUGGUCAAGAUCAACUUCACAUCAACAGACCGGACGACGGCACAACAAAGCUAGCGUGGAAGGAUCACGAGACAAGGACUAACCAUCAGCAAAUGCACGCAAGUUGUAACUGUGAUCAAAUGCAUGUAAAUGGUGCCAUCUCAUCAUCAACAUCUAACAAGCAACAUCGACAUCACAGUCUAGCAGAAACGGAGCAGGAGACGAUCAACAAUAACCGCGCAAGUGAUAAUUCGAGUAUUAAACAAUCGAACGGAAAAGUUGUCCGGGAUCGAGAUCAAUUGAUGGAAAUUGAGAAAUUGCGAAAGAAGUUAGAAGAUACUGAGCAAGCAAUGGCGAAAUUAAUAGCUGAAAUGGGUUGUGAUCCUUACAAGGCAAAGGAUGAAACAGAACAUACUUCCGCUACAUCAAACCUUGCCAACGGUCACACAAAACCCGAAAGUAAUGGAGAUUUAGAGAAAACCGAUGAUGAGAAAGCUGCGAAACCCAGUGAAAAUCAAGAAUUAGCUGAAGAAUCUAAUGAAACCCUAGACCCUGUAGAUCAAGUUGAAAAUGAAAACGACGGUAAAGGACAAAUCGACGCCAGCAAACCUGAGCACCAUCAGGAACGAACUGUUCAGGUUCUUGGUAUGGAACUGACCGCUAGUUGUGAGGGUGGUCAAAAGUGGGCACGCCCUCCAACUCCAAUAUUUUCACAUCGACCGCAAAGUCCUGUUGAAGAGGAAUCUGAAAAGGCGGAAUCAAUAUUUUUAGAAGGUGCACUACCACGAGAAUCUCAAAUACUUGUAGCAGAUUCCGAAACACGAACCGAGAAUGUUGUAGACGAACAUUUAAAUGGCAGCCCUGAUGAACCUGCGGUUGUCCUAAGUAGUAAAAUGACUUUAUCAUUGAUUAACCUGAAUUCUGGCGAAGAACAAGAGAACGCAUCAACUGAAAACGAUAGUCCUAUCGGUGAAGACAUAGAAAUAAUAAAUGGCGCGGAAAAGGAAAGCAACGACACAGAUGAAUCAGAUCAGAAGGAGAGUGACGAAGCCAAGAAAGUCAACUGAUUAAGUCCCACUUUUCAUACCGAGUCCUCGAAACCUAAUGCAAUGCAAGACUAAUCCAUGACCGACCGUAAAGAAAAAAUACCCAAACAGGAAGUACGUUCAAUGUUGCCAAAGAGAAUGUUGCAUAUUUUAAACGUAAAACUGCAUACUAUAAAGCAGUGUCUACAUUAUUUGAAUGAUGCACGAACACAUAACUAGAUAUGAUAAACCGUAAUUGUAACUUGGAAUUUAUUUACCAUUGCCCCUAAUAUAAUUAUAAUUUAUUUAUUUUAUAUUAUACAUAAUGGAUGAGCUCUAUCCACAAAUGAUAGGAAUAUUAUGUAUGUGCAGUAAUACCCACUAAUAAUGCGUGUAUUGUAUGGUGUAUAGUUUUCUGCUCAAAAGGAUAUUUGACUUGAACCCCUCAAUGUCAUUGUUCAGAAUUUCAAUCUAGUGAGGAUUCUUAGGUGUCUGCGUGUAAACGUUAGUAAUAAUUUGACUGAAUAUUUAGGCAUUUUAUUUCUCUUCCUUUAGUUUAAUCGAAGCAAUACUUCAGAGUUUAAAUAUAAAACUAUAUUCAUUAAAUCGUUAUGAUCAUUUUUGGUUUCGCUUUUAUACUUAGUAUUAGUCAGGUAUCAUUUUUAGUUCCGUAGCAAAUAACAAUGAUGUGGAAUUCAUGUUAUUCAAGUUAUAAAAAAGGUGUUUCUAUUGGAGAGAGGAACAAGGAGAAAUCAGAUCAACUUCAUAUUUUAUAUAAUCAUAUAAACAUUUAAGUCCGAGAGAACAAAUACUGUGCCGCGGCACUAAUAUUGAACAUUAUGUUUAAUAAAAUUGGGAAAAAAA